AGCUCAUUCUGCAGCAAAGGGACACACAAACCUCACAUCAUUCCCCCACAACCCCAUAUACGCAUCCAUCAUCUUUGUCUCCUCGCCUCCCUCCUUCAACCAACGCACGCACUCGUGUGCCCUCGUCUCUCUCUGCUCGAUUCAGAGGCUGCGAACGCGCCUCCCAAUCAUGGCACGCAAGAACUGACGCCAAAGUGCUUCAAGUUGCAUGCAGUCCACAGAACUACUGACGAAGAGUUGGAGCCCUAAUUUAAUCUCGAUAGAUCCUGCAGCUCUGCUUCCUCUUCUCCUCGUCUUUAAUGGGAGGAGUAGCGGCGGCACCGGCGGCGGUGGGCGGUAGCAGGCGGCCACCGCGAUGCUGAGGCGUGGGGCGGUGGUGGUGGUGGACGAAGACGGCGAGGUGGUGGCGACCAAGAUCCGCAAGCGGUGCGCGCUGUCGUCGUCCGGCGCGUCGGACCCGCUGAGGAAGCUGAGGCUGAAGAAGCGAGGGGUGGUGGUGCUCGGCCGGAGAGGUGGAGGCGGCGGCGUCGUGGUGUCGCCGCGCUCGAGCAGGAAGAUGUCCGAGUCGUCCUGGAACGGCAGGCGCUGCCACGACGGCGCCGCCGCCGCGGACGGCACGCGCUCGGCGGCGUCGGCGAGGAAGCUCGUCGGCGCGCUCCGGCAGCUGAGCAAGGGUGGCAGCUCGCCCGACGAGGACGCCGCGCGCCGGAGCUCGGCUCACCGGCGAUGCGUGUCGGUGGAGUUCUCCAAGAGAUCAAGAACGAAGAGCAAGGCUUUGGAGGCCGAUGAACAGAGGAGCUGGCACAAUGGCCAUGGCCGCUGGUUUUCUGACAUGUUCAGCAAUGGCAGCACAAUGGAGGUGCACGCGUGUCGUCCUCCAGACUGCGCCUCACCAUGCGCAGGAGGAGAAACAAUGGAGCCACACCUGAAGGAGAUGUACGGCAGCCUGGCUGCGUCCAAGGAGCUCGUCAAGGCUCUCGCCGGCAUCUGGGGGCCCGGCGACCUGAACCCGUCCACGGCCUCGCUCCUCUCCGCGCUGCGCGCCGAGCUCGACCUCGCGCGCGCCCACGCGCGGCAGCUGAUCAAGGAGGAGCGGCGGCGCGGCGACGAGGCGGAGCGGAUGAGGAGGCAGCUCGCCGAGGAGGUGCGGGAGUGGAGGGGCAGGCAGAGGGAGAAGGCCGCGGCGACGGUGCGCGUGGUGGUGGCGGAGCUCGACGGCGAGAGGAGGUCGAGGAGGCGCGCCGAGAGGGUGAACGCCAAGCUCGGGAAGGCGCUGGCCGACGCGGAGAGGGAGCUGGCGGCGGCACGGAGGGAGCUGGAGAGGGAGAGGAGGUCGAGGGAGCGGCUGGAGAAGGUGUGCGACGAGCUUGUGAGGGGCGGCCUUGCCGUCGGCGGCGGCAGCGUGGACGGCAGGGGCGGCGACGACGUGGAGGAGAUGAGGCGGGAGGCCGAGAGGGCGCAGGAGGAGCUGGAGAAGGAGAGGGAGAUGCUGCGGCUCGCCGACGAGCUCCGCGAGGAGAGGGUCCAGAUGAAGCUGCUCGAGGCGCGGCUCCAGUUCGAGGAGAAGAACGCCGUCGUCGAGCAGCUCCGCGGCGAGCUCGAGGCCUUCCUGGAGAGCAAGAAGGAUCGGCAGCAAGAACCACAUGACGCAGACGAGCACCGACUCGAUGGCCGUCAGCUGCAAUCGAUUCUUGCAAACAAGAAUGGAGAAGAAGGCAACGUCCGCGACGGCGACGUAGAAGACGACGGCGGACGUGGCGAGUGCGUCGCCGAUGAUUCAGACGGCAGCGAGACGCACUCCAUCGAGCUCAACAUGGACGGCAACAGCUGGAGCUACACCACGGCUUCCAAGGACACCACGACGACGAGGUCCAAGAACGCAGCGGCGGUGCACGGUUCGCACAUUUCAGACAGAGGAGCAGAGCUGGCCGCCGGUCCGUGGUCCAUCGCCGCCAUCGACCAACGAUCGCAGGAAGACGCCGGCGAGGAGCUGGACGGAGACAGGUGGCACGACGGAGGGUGCAGCGACAGGAGCAAGGAUCUGGACGAGGAGGACGCCGAGAGGUACCAGGCGAUCAAGAACCUGAGGGAGCAGAUGCUGGCCGGCCAUGGCUUCGUCUUCGUGUCCCAAGAAUGGGGGCAAUGCUAGCUGACAGAGAUCGCCAAAGGGAAGAUUUUUCUGACAAGGAUGGCGUGGCGGCAUGGAGCAAUAACAAAAAAAAAGAAGGAUCUUGCAAAGUUGAGAAGAAAAGGAAGAAGAAUAUGUUUGUGAUUCAUACUUGCUCUGUUUUUCCAAUCAAACGGUGUGCAUAGUUUUGUGUUGUCUCUAUAAGCUUCUUGUUCUUGGGCGACCAUUCUUUUCAUAGGGAUUUGUGAUGCUGAAAGUUGUCUUUCUAUACCACAUUUUGCACUCUGUUCUUGAUGUUUGGUUGGCAUACUAGGAUCAGAAAUCUCAAAAGUUUUGUAAAUAAACAUAGAGAUGAGAAUCUGAUUGCUAAUGAAAUUUAUCAUGUAUACAUGCUGCUGGUUUUGCGGUCA